UUGAUUACGACUUGCCAGGUUAAGCAGACAUUCACUCGAUGCCACUCUCACUGUGACUAUGAGUCUAUUCCGCUAGUGGAAAAUAAACGCUCACAUUUACCAUUCUGCUGUGAGUGCGAAAAUGCAGGAGAGGAGCCUCUGCUGAAGUGUUCGCAGUGCGUAAGGUCUUUUCACGAAUCCUGUCUUACCUUGAAAUUGUCCGAGAUCUACACAACGCCAGUCACAAGCUGUGUGAAUCAUGUAUACUGGGUGAGACCUUACGUACUGGACAGCCAGUGA